AUGUUCGAUACCGUCAUGCGCAUCGAGUGCUUCAUGGAGGAAGGCCUUUCGCGCCUCUUCCAGGGAUGUACGUGCCUCGAGGACCUCAAUUUGGAGCGUCUGCCGGCUCUGCCCACCGUUCCCGCCGCCAUCGGCGCCCUCGCGCGCCUCACCCACCUGCACCUCGCGGCGCACGUGCACCGCCUCCCAGGCGCCUUCACGUGCUUGCGCGCGCUACACACGUGCGUGCUGCACUUGCCCGGCCUGAAACAGCUGCCUCCGGGCUUCGGCAGCUUGACGUGUCUCCUAUCCUUGCACCUCGAUGCGUGUCAAUCUCUCACUUCACUCCCGGAAUUGUUUGGGGAGCUUGCGAAUCUAGACCGCCUUUCCAUCAGCAGAUGCAGCAGGUUUUUCCUGCCAGGUUCCUUCCCUGCCCUGGCAUCGCUCAAGGAGUUGAAGGUGAAGCGUUGCGAAGCGCUCUCCCCGCUCCCAGGAGAUUUCGGGCAGCUUCAAGUGCUGGAAAGCCUGGUUCUGGAGGAGGUGGGUAGGAUCACAGGCCUUCCUGAAUCUGUGGGGCAAUUGCAGCGCCUGCACUCCCUUUCCAUCGACGACUGCCACGACCUCUCGUCGCUGCCCACCUCCCUGCCCCACCUGUCAUCACUCACCCAUCUGCACCUCAACGCCCCCGACCUUUUGCUGCUGCCAGAUGGCAUCGGCCGCCCUUACGCCUCCGAGCAUUCAGCGUGGCCCGCCUCGAUGUGCCUGCUGUCGUCCCUCACACACCUGACAAUGAGUGAAUGCCCCGCACUGGCAACGCUGCCACAUGCCAUGGGCCUUGGCCUGCAUAGCCUGCGAGAGCUCACUCUCAAGUGCAAGAACCUCACCCACCUGCCUCCGUCCUUCUUCCGGCUGACCGCGCUUGAACAACUAAGCAUCGUUCACCUGGCGCGCGUGAAAGGGCCCCUUCCAUGCUGCUUCAGCUGCUUCACAUGCCUGAGGGAGCUCUCUCUCGUUGCCAUGUCGCACCUCACGGCCCUCCUGGCGUUGCUGGCUGCCCUCGCCCCCACGCUUACCAGCCUCCAUGUGGCGUGCUGCAGUGAGUUGAAGGUCGUGGCGGAGGAGCUCAGCCAGCUGACCAUGCUUCACACGCUCACCCUCACGUGUCUGGAUAACCUGAAAUAG